ACAAGGGCACUGUGUAAAAGUACGCACAUCAGCAAACAUCAGCAGGGCAGCAAGAGACCAGCUGGAGAAAAGUAAAUGAACUGCAGUAUAAUAAACAAUAACAUCGUCACUCCUGGUACAAGAAACGCAUUAUAUUGAAAAAAUGUCUCGCCUGAUUACUUGUUCUCCAAAGCUCUUACAACAAUGUUUUCAUGUUUCAUCAAGAUGCAUGUCAACAGCAGCAUCAAAAAAGGUUGCUAUCAGUCAUUUUGAUCCAGAAACCUACCUGCCAUAUGAGAAAUUAGAAGGGAAUCUAAAGAUUGUUAAAGACAGAUUGGGACGAAGUUUAACCAUGUCUGAAAAAGUAUUAUACAGUCACAUUGACGAUCCUAUAAACCAGGAUAUUGAACGCGGUUCCUCAUAUUUAAAAUUACGACCUGAUCGUGUUGCAAUGCAGGAUGCGACAGCCCAAAUGGCCAUGUUGCAGUUUAUUUCUAGUGGACUCCCUAGAGUAGCAGUGCCUUCAACUAUCCAUUGUGAUCAUUUAAUUGAAGCACAAGUUGGAGGUGAUAAAGAUUUGGCUAGAGCAAAGGAUAUUAACAAAGAAGUAUACAACUUUUUAUCUUCCGCUGGUGCAAAAUAUGGUGUUGGGUUUUGGAAACCAGGAUCAGGAAUUAUUCACCAGAUCGUGUUAGAAAAUUAUGCCUUUCCUGGUUGUUUGCUAAUUGGAACUGACAGUCACACAGUCAAUGGUGGUGGUCUAGGAGGUGUGUGUAUUGGAGUUGGAGGUGCAGAUGCAGUUGAUGUUAUGGCAAAUAUACCAUGGGAACUAAAGUGUCCAAAAGUAAUUGGUGUAAAAUUGACAGGAAAACUAAGUGGCUGGACAUCGCCAAAAGACGUCAUUUUAAAAGUUGCUGAUAUCUUGACAGUAAAGGGAGGAACUGGUGCUAUUGUUGAAUAUUUUGGCCCUGGUGUUGAUUCGAUUUCAUGUACCGGUAUGGGUACAAUUUGUAACAUGGGUGCAGAGAUUGGAGCCACUACGUCUAUUUUUCCAUUCAACGAACGUAUGAGCCGCUAUUUGAAUGCAACCGGGCGUGCUGAAAUCGCAUCACUGGCUGAGCAAUAUACACACUUGUUUCAGGCAGACCAAGGAGCAGAAUAUGAUCAAGUUAUUGAAAUAAAUUUAACAGAGCUUGAACCGCAUGUCAAUGGUCCCUUCACACCAGAUCUGGGAACACCAAUAUCAAAAUUAGCCUCUGUAGCUGUAAAGAACGAUUGGCCAACUGAAAUUAAAGUGGGCUUGAUUGGUAGUUGUACUAACAGUAGUUACGAGGACAUGGGUCGAUCUGCAAGUAUUGCAAAACAAGCUCUUGACCAUGGUAUCAAAUCAAAGUCAAUCUUUACCAUCACUCCUGGUUCUGAACAAAUCCGUGCUACUAUUGAAAGAGACGACAUUGCGAAAACUCUUCGAGAUAUUGGUGGUGUUGUGCUUGCAAAUGCUUGCGGACCUUGCAUUGGACAAUGGGACAGACAAGACGUACCGAAAGGCGAGAAAAACACAAUUGUCACCUCGUACAAUCGUAACUUCACCGGUCGUAACGACGCAAAUGUGAAUACCCACGCCUUUGUUACGUCACCCGAGUUAGUGACAGCGUUAGCUAUUGCCGGAGAUUUACGCUUUAACCCGCUAACUGACGAACUUACUGGCGCAAAUAACGAAAAAUUUAAGCUGGAAAGUCCCUACGGUGAUGAACUUCCUUCUAAAGGUUUUGAUCCUGGAGAGAACACAUACCAAGAACCUCCUGCAGAUGGUUCAGCAUUGAAAGUUGAUGUGGACCCACAAAGUAAUCGAUUGCAGUUGUUGACGCCAUUCCAACCGUUUGAUGGAAAAGAUCUGCAGGAUAUGCCAGUUCUAAUUAAGGUGAAAGGAAAAUGUACUACCGAUCACAUCAGCAUGGCUGGUCCUUGGCUUAAGUAUCGUGGCCAUCUCGACAACAUCUCCAACAACAUGUUUAUAGGUGCAAUUAACGCUGAAAACGGAGAAGCAAACAAUGUUCGGAAUCAACUAACCAACGAAUUCGAUACAGUGCCAGAUACUGCAAGAUAUUACAAGUCUAAAGGAGUGAACUGGGUUGCGAUUGGUGAUGAGAACUACGGAGAGGGUAGCAGUCGUGAACAUGCCGCAUUAGAACCAAGACAUCUUGGUGGUCGAGCUAUCAUCGUAAAAAGCUUUGCUAGAAUCCACGAAACGAACUUGAAAAAACAAGGUAUGCUUCCAUUAACGUUUGAAACACCAUCAGAUUACGACAAAAUCGAGCCUUCAGAUAGAAUUUCAUUGGUUGGGUUAAAUGCGUUGGCACCUGGAAAGCCUGUCACAUGCGUGAUCAAACAUUCAAAUGGUAACGAAGAAAAAAUCACAUUACUCCACACGAUGAAUGCUGGUCAAAUUGAGUGGUUCAAAGCUGGUAGUGCACUCAACAAAAUGGCGAAUAGUAGAAAUUAGAGAAUUAUAUAUCAAUGUUUUUUAUGUAUAUGAUGUUUAAAAUGAGAAUGUUUGUCGUAAUUUA